AUGGUGCCUAAGCAGUUCAUCUUUGGCUUGAUAAGCCUGCAUCUGAUGAUGGUUUACACUGGUGGUAACGAGAUGUGUAAGGCAUCCAUUGCUCGAAGAUGGGCGUGUCCUCCUCCUUGGAUCCAGUGGGGUGGCGAAUGCUACAGAGCCAUCAUGGAGCCUCUGACAUGGUCCGAGGCAAAAGAUGAGUGCAUCAAGAUGGGAGGUGUCUUGGUCGCGCCACGAUCUCAGGAGGAAACUGACUUCCUCGUGCUACUGUUGCCAUCUAGGUUUUGGAUCAAUUGCAAUGAUAUCGAGAAAGAAGGUACAUGGGUGUGUCAGGUUGGUACUGAUAUGGUGGAGUUUAGGAAUUGGCUGAGCGGCGAACCUAGUAACUCUGGUAAUGAGGAUUGCGCCUAUUUGCUCCCAACUGGAAAAUGGAAUGAUUUCCCUUGCAGUAGCAAACGCCUUGCAGUAUGCAAAGCUGCAACCAGCCUGCGCCACGACUGCACUUUCUAA